GUCUUUCACGGUAACAUAUAUCUUCUAUAUGUUCUUCAAAAAAAGAACACAUUUUCACGUGUGAUUUGUGACAUCGUUAACGUUUCAUAAGCUUAAUGAUCACUAUUAUUGGUCGCUAGAUUUGAAAUCCAAAACCGAGCACACUAGCCGACAAAUAAUGAGCCGCCACUUAAUACGCCGAUAGGAAUGCCCGUCGCACGCAUUAUUCACGCACACGUCGUGCACUUCACACUUCUUGUCAUAGAAACUAAAGAUGUGUUUGCACUAGGCAAGUACUGCAGACAUGUUCAAAUAAGUACAGUAACCAUUCAAUAUAAACAAAAAUGUCAUUUACGAUAUACUCACAACAUUUUGGACAUAAAAAGUUAUUACCACCACUUGGGAGAAGAAGCAUCGAAACAUCCAGAAGCUUCCUCGUCGAGAAAUGUAACGUGAUCCAGGUUCUCAUAUAUCCGUGGAACAAUACAUAUGCAAAUAUAAAACCUGUUUACUUUUGAUCUUUUCAUUAUCAAACUUUUACCAAUAGAUUUUGCUGAUUCAAUUGAGACCAAACUCGAUAUAAUUUAAACUAUAUUUACUGGUUUAAUUGACGAUAAGUUUUAAACGCAGAGAAGAAUAGCAAGUGAAAAAGAGCCGCUGCGUAGCAGUCGGCGAAGGUCGAAAGCCUGUUCAAUUGUUUACAGUGCAAUACGUUGCUAACUUUUUUAUUUUGAGCCCAUUUUUUAUACUUCUUUCAACUAGUUUGUGAUAGUUUCCCGAUUAAAAUGAGACCAAAUAUAACACAAUUCAAAAGAUAUUUAUUUGUAAUAACUUCAAGUCCUCAACGUAAACAAAGCACCAAUUAUAAAUUAAUAUGUUCAAAAUUACGUUGUGUUUUGUGUCAUUUUAAUCAAGAAAAUGUCGCAAAUGUGUUGGCAAAAGUUUCGUAACGAAAAGUAAAAAAGAGAAAAGUUUUAUUCUUGCAGUAGGAUUGUCCUAUCAAUGUUACUCUUUAUGUUCAAUAGUUCGGCAUUGUCUCUAUUGGCUGUUUGUUUCUAUGUUCAACAAACUUGAAUCAAUCGAACUACACAAUACAAGCGAAACUUCAAACAGGAAAUAUUCCCUUAUAUCGAGACUUUAUUGUAAUCUCUAUCAUCCUUUUCGACCACAUUUCGACAUUUCAUCCAGAGAACUACGAUUUCGACUGUCAGACAUAUCACGUGAUUACGCGAAUAGCGCCGAAGGGAAACGAAGUUACCCGAUGUGUCAUUACUCUUCCGUUUACCGCGAAUUCUACUUCAGUGAAGCGUCAAUGUAAUCGAAACGCUUGAAAUUACAACUCCACCCGGCGAGGAGGAUGAAGAAGAAGGAUUGCGAAACGGGUUCGUGAAGGGUCAAGAAAAUGACAGCGGGACACACAGUUUCAGUCGAAAUGGACAGGGUGGUUACAAGGGUCAUAGAAGCGGGCUCGACGAUACCGGAACACGAUCGCACAAGGACGACUCGUCCGGAUCACCGUUGCAACCGAAGAUCAUCUUCAACGAGGACGAAUAUACGAGGAUCACGACUCCUCGACAGGAUAUGCUAUUCAAGAAGGGCUACCUGUCGAAGAAGAAACCAUGGGCUGGUAACGCAAACACCAGCGCUACUUCGUCGACCACCGAGAGCCAAUCCGCGUCUCAUUCCACCGCAGGUAGAGGUAUAGAUGGCAGCGAAACGACGGAGGAUCAACAGCUGUUGGACAGAGACUACAGCACCGGUAAAUACCCGCCGAUGAUGAAACCUGAGGCGCAGUUAGGCUAUGGAACAUUUUAUGACCACGCUAGUGGUUACUAUUACGAGUACCCUGUAAUGUUGGUUGGUCCUGCGCCAGUUCCUGCACAGGUUGCACCCAGUGUCCUCACGGCUGUUCCCUGUGCACCAGUGCCACUGAGGCCGAUCGAGUGGAUCAAUCCUAUUUUUGUGCCUAAACUGAACGGGCAACCUUACUAUAUGAUGGAUUAUGAGGCCAACCAAUGCGCGGAGACAGCGGUGGUGUCAGAAGAGCAAGAGAGCACGGUGCUACCAGUGGAGACCUCCAACGGAGUUUAUAACGAGAGCUGUACCGGAAGUGUCAGUUGCAAUGGCAGCGUCGUUGGUGAGACUGAAGAGCAGACAACGGAUGCAAACGCAUUGGAGGAUGAACAACCGGUUGACGAGCAAAAUGAGGAGCAGUUGGAGGAAACUCACGCGAACGAGCAACACGUGGAAGAACAACAACUGGAGAAUGGAUUGAACGAUGGCCCAUAUAUGGAGCCGUUGUUGAUGCAACAACCGGUCUACGUUUCUCAUAUGACGCUUCCUCAACCGUACAUGUAUCCCGGCCACUACAUGUUCGGCCCUCCUUUGAUCAACGUGAAUGGUGUCACGAUACAGGGUGGACCCAUGAUCAGAACCAUGGACGUCGGACCUAUGUCGACGGCCUCUGCAAAACGAAGGAAGAAAAAAAACAGAAGGAAGCAGAGAAGAUUUGCUACGGGUAACACGGAGGGUAAUACGGACGAGGAGGAAGGAGAAUACAGCUCCGAAUGUGAUACCGGUCUAUCGUCUUCCCGUCUAUCUUGGACAGCGUGUUCAACCUCGACCACGACCACGACAACGACCAGCAGCGCCGGCAUUAAUCGGCCAUUGAAUCCCGAAUGCCAGGAGUUCAAGUUGCGACAAGUUGACGAACCCGAUACCUCGUUAUCAGCUAUUCCAACGUCCACGCCGACUUCCGACGAGAACUCGACCAAUCAAUCUAGCACGUUGUCGUCCAACGCGAAUAUUGCCGACAACGAGAAUAACGAGGUAUGUAACGGUGUCGUCUGCGACGAUAACCAGAAGGACGACAAGCUAGCCGUGAACUUCGAUGAAGCUGCGUCGUCGUCGUCGUCGUUGGAGAAGAGUCAAUCGACGUCUCCUGAUGCGACCAACCCGACUAACGAAGCGAAUAGACUGACGAACCACCUCUUCGAGGAGGAAGAGGCAACGUGUUCAACGAACAAGGUUGGCCCAGAGGCGACCUUGGAGGUGGAGAAACUGCCAAACACUAAUGAUAACGAAGCAGCGAACGACGCAUCGAGCGACAACGAUGAACGACCGAGUAACGAGAUGAACGGUGUCGAGGAACAGACCCUGGUGAAUGGGAAGAUAGACUCCGAUUCGAACAACGAAGAUACACCGAGUAUGGCAACGGUACCGAAGCCGUCGUCGCCUUGUAAUGAUGAACGGGUACGCUCUAGGUCCAUCACACCCAAGACAGCUCCGCUGGAGAACGGAGGAAUCCAUGAAGAGAACCGUGCAUCCUUAUCGAGCAGCAAAUCCUUAACUACCAGCUUGCCAAAGCGAAAGUACAACGCGAAGGGUACAAAAUUCGUUAGAGAGCCAACGCCUGGUCCAGAUCUGGACAGUACAGAGCCAGAGACUGACACGAAGCUCGUGGUUAAUGAUCUGAACCAGAGUUUAGAGAAUUUGGAGAAUUUGUCGAAACCAGACUCCAUGUUCGAGCGUUGCAAUGACAAGUUAGAGGAUGAUCAAGCGUCGAAGGAGCUUGCCAUGGAGAAGGUGUGCAAUCACCUGAGCAAAGAGGAUCCGAUAGAAGCAUCGAAUGAGGACUCCGGCUUCGAAAGUCAGACCCGGUUGUCCGAUUAUCCAAUUACGGAUGCAGUGACGGAAUGGCUUCGCAGAGCAAACUCGCCGGACAUUUUCAUCACGUCGAACGUAUCGGGAGAUAGCGAAACGGAGGACGAGGACGACGUUGACGAAGAGCCGCCAAAAAACUUGCAAGGCAACCCCAUGCCUGCACUAUCUGCUAAUGGUGGCGUCGCGGACAAUGCAUCAUUGUCGCGCACCACCAGCUGCAGUGAAUUCGCAAGGAUCAGCAACGUGAAAAGUCAGGAACAGCCGGAGGCGACCAACGCCGGUAGCUCAAGGAAGAAGAGGGACGCGAAGAAAAGGUCCGGGGAACGACGGCGGGUCAGACACAUGGACGGCAGGUUGAACCACGAGGUGGUGUCAUCGUCGGAUUCGUGUGGACACCUGGAUGACCCGGUAAGACGGAAGAACAAUCCGAGACAGCAGGAUACAGUUGGCGAUGUUUGCGAAUUUACUGACAAAGAUAGCGUUGCGGGCAUGAGGGUUGCUUCAAACUCUCGGAUGGACUCGAAGAGGGUCAACGUAAGGCGAACGAAAAGACAAGGGAGAUCCGGUCGGGAUCUCACGAGCACUAUCGACACGAAGACUCGUCGCGCGGACGAGAACGACGACGAAGGAAUCGUCGAGGAUACGAUGAACGUGAGGACCUUUGAGAAAGGAGAGAUCGUCGUCUCGGAGGAGGGCAAGUUGUUGACGACCUCCGCAUAUGAGCCCACCUUGCUUAACGGUAACGAUGCGUGUAAGAGCGAAACGAGAAAUGUGGAGGAACGGAAGAGGUUGAGCAGCGGCGAAGAAGAGAAUUGUAGCGGGAUAAUGUCCUUAGACAGCAUAGAGGAGCCUGAUGUGUUAGAAUGUUGGGAGACGGAGACGAUUGAACCUGUGAUAACCCCGAAAAAGAUGUUGCAAUGCGAGGGGGUACUGUGCGAGGGCGAAGCUGCGGAGGACGACAGCAUCGAAGUGGAGCAGGUCAACAUCGACUACGUGCAGAAAUAUUAUAGAUUAGCACGGGAGAGUGUCGCUAGCGUGGAGGAGGAAACUGAUGGCUGUAAGGUGAACGUAGAUUUAUCAGCAUCCUCGAAAACAGUGCCAAAUAUGUCUGAGCAGAUGGUCGAAAUUCCAACGCAAAAUGGGAAUCUCGUCGACGGAAACAAGAACGUACCCAUCGACGAGGCUUUCGAGGUAUAUGAAAGCUGUUACACCGGAAAAACUCCGAUCUUGCCGAUGGAUUCGAAAGUUUUCAAGCCGCGAACACUGUACGGUCAAGAUGGCGAACAUCCUAUACCAUGCAGAGCUGUCUGUUGUAACAUUCAAUGAUUUAUGGCCGUUAUCGGGAGUCUCGCUAUGCGUACUUCUCCACAGGGACUGUUUCCGAAACACAGUACUGAUGUCAAGGCCGUCCUUUUCCUAAAUACCAUAAGCCUCUGACGUUGUACUCUACCUUGCUGAUGAUUGAUCUGCUGAUGGACGUACAUUAACCAUUCGUUAUCGUCACGUUCUUUAUUGCAUUACACGAGAAUAUUCAAUGGACGAGAGAGAACCCUGUGGAUGAUCGAUGUAUGGAUGCAAGCUGUUGAAACUUAGGGGCAUGCUCAAAGGGCAGCGAAUAAUAUAGCAAAAGCCUACGUAUUGCUAUUCAUUUUUGUAAAUAGCUUUAAGAGGUCGCUCGCAAAUCGUGUUUCAUGGAAACUUCGUUGAAAAUUUACAUAUGCAUUCAAGCAUAUAUAUAUACAUAUAUGCGGAUAUUUUUGACAUUAUCGUCAAUGUUACUUGGUGCACAUAUUCUUUCAUUCAACUUCUUUUUCUUGGUUUUCCAAAUACAGUGAUGGGCUACACAUUUACCCUCAAAGCAGAAGAACUGCUUUAUAGGCUUUAAUUAAUAAUUAUUUUCACAAUUUAUAUAUUAAAAAUAUCCUAAUUCUAAACUUCUAUAUU